AUGGCCGAAUCGUCUGAUAGUUUUCUCUCUCAACCUCGGAUAGCCAAGGAGCUUGUAGAUGCGGCAAAAAAGGCUUUUGACCCUUUGUCCGAUGCGGAAAGGCGACAGUCCAAUCUCAAGAUAUACAAUGAGAUCAUCGCAAAAAUUGAAACACGGAAUCUCUUGCCGAUUUUGAACUCGUUGAUCAAGCCUAAUGCGCUUCCUCCAUGGCUGAGGGAGCCACUACUUCAAACUCUCACACUGCUACCAAUGCGAUCUGACGGAGUUCGGGAAACUAUGGAAUUUGUGUUUUCUGUCCACCCCAGCAGUCAAGCCGCCGCAAGAGACUCACAGAAACCACAAAAAACCGGUGCAAGCAUCACUCACGACGCCGUGGCUGUUGCUACAAGACUGCUGUCAACUGUGCCAUCUACCGUAAAGGCCGAGGACUGGUAUGGUGCAAUUGCACCCCAACUAAUUCAAUUGCUAGAUGGCGAGGCCAGUCGCGACUUAGCUAGAACAGCUGCUCAGAUCAUCGGGUUUGGAAUUCUUGACAAAAAGGCAACUGGUGCUCCAGGAGCAGCAGGGUGGAAUGCCUUUGCGCAACCACUUCUCGAGGAGAUCAAUCCGUCCCUUAAAAUUGCGGAAAUCGCCACGAUUGACAUCAAAAGCGGGCAAGACGAUGAUGGUAUUCUGGACCUGAGCCGUGGCCGGAUUAUUGUUUCCAGCGUCGAACUUGAGCAGGCAUUAAAGCGGUUGAAAGUCCUGAUUCUAUCGAAUCCAUCACCAGGUCUAUGUAUGAGGAUAUUGAAACCCGUUAUAAUCCAAUUAUGGGCACUUGCUUCGAUCUCAAAUCCGCCGCAGGGCAUUUUGCAAAAGUAUCACAUCCCGGCCCAAAUUCUAGUCCAGACCUAUCUGAAGUUAUCCAAAAGGGUGGAAAGCAUUUGUCCCAUUGUUCAGAAUAUUCUCUGUGAAGGGUCUGUCGAUGGUUCAAGCAAGUUCUGGAAAUAUCGAAUCGUCGAUGAAUCAAAUAUAGAUGCAAUUCUUCCGAUUCAGUCCUCACCAGACGACUCAUACAGAUUGGCAGAGGUAGACACGAAGGCCGAUAAGUUUGUGCAGAUUCUUAUGAAGACCUGUUCAAAUGAGCAGGUUUCCGCUAUUUUUCUUUUCCUCAUGCGGCGUUGGGUCCGAGUCAUGGAGGAGCAAGGUAAUCUUGGAAUUAAGAUAACAUCAAUUGACGAAGCAACGGUGUCUCCCAUCCGAGGCCUGGCUGAAGUUGCUGUUCUUCAGAAGCUCCUGGAACUGUCACCGCAGAAACUAGUUGGCGACUUUGACCAACUUCUGGACAUUAUCUGUCAGAUUCUCAAGGGUGAUGGCAACACUCUUUUAGGGGAUGACAUUGUGUCAGUCGUACUCAGUCUCCUGAAUCUUGUUAUUACGGCGUCAAGCUUUCAAAGAUCAGAUAUCAAGCCGGAGUACUUGAGGCUCAUCGAAGACUCGCUCGAGAGAAUCAGCAAUUUAGGAAGCUCUGAAGUAUCAACUACUGCCAACAACCUGAAAAUUCUGCUCCAAUAUAGAGACGAAGUUGAGCCAGAGUCCAAGAAACUAGCACCCAUCCCAUCCAUCCGCCAGAUUGAGGACAAGAGAACUUAUAAUUUAGCCAUGGGCUACAUCACGGACAGCGAAAGUCCGCCGCCGGUUGUUUCAGAAGGCCUUAACCUGCUUUCAAUGCUUAUACUGACAGAAAGUCCGAUCUUGGAUAUUCCUGCUGUCACAACCCUGAUGUCUAGUUUGCUGAAGGAUAAUGAAGACUACAUUAAUCUAAGAGUAGUCAAAAUCUUCACACAGCUGGCCAGUCGACAUCCCAAGUCAAUUACUCUAGAAUUGCUUGAUCAUUAUUUAGAUGCCCAAGAAAAGUCUACAACUGAUGUUCGACUCAGAUUUGGGGAAGCCUUGGUUCAAGUCAUCGAGCGUCUUGGUGAAACUUUCUCAGGGGAUGUUGCUAGGCAAGUCUCGGAGACGAUACUGGCUAUUGCUGGUCGACGAGGGUAUAGGCCAAAGACGAUGGCUAAGCAAGCUCGGGAGGAGAAGAUAGCUGAGUUGAAGAAAUCACAUGCUUCAAGUAGUAAGAAGGAGGAGGAGGAGGAGGAUAUGGAUCGCGGUGAUGACGAGCAAACCACGAAAGAAGAGAAAGCUAACAAUGACAUAAUCGCACAAAUCCUACAAGGCUGGGAGAGCAAACGUGGCAGCGAAGAUGUUAGGAUGAGAACAUCUGCCCUCUCGGUCCUUGGGGUUGCGCUGGAGACUAACAUCAUUGGUAUUGGGCCAACACUUGCAUCAAACGCAGUUGACCUUUGUAUCAACAUUCUAGUCAUGGAGGGAGAUGUUGAAUACGGCAUUCUUCGCAGGGCGGCCAUCAUGGCUGUCCUCGGUUUUGUACGAGCAUUACAUCAAGCAAGAGAAUCUGGCCGCUCGAUCGGAUUCGGGCUCACCGAUUCCAGCAGGGAGGAUAUUGAACGGACGCUGGUUUACGUAGCGGACACAGACAACGAUGGACUUGUUCAACAACAUGCCCGGGAUGUUGCGGAAAGUUUGGAGAACUGGCAUGCGGGAAAUCUGCUUCCUCAACCAACUGGAACAAGUACCAGUGGCUUGGCUCGUCUCGCAGGGCUUACAAUCAACCCCGAAGCAAGUAUCAAUCAGGCGUCGAAGCAGCCUCGUCCCAGGAUAGAGGAGGUGGAAUGA